UUGGUUAUUGGUUACUGCAUGAUGAUUGAAAUCUCGCAAAUGCCUUUUAAAGAAACUGUCAAAAGGAUAAAACGAGGGAAAUGAGUGCCGAGAGCACUAUACCGGCUCGCGGCGCCACCUGCAGGUUGAAAUGGUUCAAAGCACCACAGGACAGAAUCAGCGCUGAAGAACUCCAGUUAAACUGUGUGAUGUCGCCUUUUCUCCUUCACGACAAAAAAAAAGGUUAACGUCUCAGUGAAGAUUCUUCAACUGACUGAAGACCAAGUGUGUGUCACAAGAUCCCAUCAGAAAAUGAAGAAAAGAUCUUAUGAUGUGGCAGACAAAACACAUGGUAUCGCUUUGUGUGUAUGGGGCGUCGAAACUUUUCAAAUUGGAAAGUGCUAUUACUUGACAAAUGUGUCUGUGAGGCAGUUUGGUGGAGAAACAUCUAUCAGCACUACUGCACAGUCAAAAGUAACACUGCUAGAUGUUGAUAUGGAAGUACAUGGCGUUGCAAACAACUUGAAAGUCUUUGAAGGGCAGCUCAUCACCGCAGAGGUGAAAGUAGAGUACCUGUGUCCAAAGCAACAUGUUUUGCUAAAUGUCAACCUUGACACUGCAAUAACAAGAUGUCAACAGUGUGGGGCCUACUGCAAAACUGCAGCUGUUGCUGCACUUUUGCGUACAAGAGUGACCAUUGAAGAUUUGACUGGCAAAAUGACGGAAUUUGUGCUGCGCCAACUUCUAAAUUUGGGCACUGAAAGGUUCUUUGAAACAGAUCUUCUGGUAUCCAAGUUGCUAGCGGAGGACAGAAUCCAGUUAACAGGCAGAGGUAAUCGCAUUACUGCAGCAGCAUUUUUGCCUCCAAGUAACCUGUCUACUAACGAGAUGGAUCGGGCAACAGAUUCUGGCCCAACUGCAAGUUGCAGCACCACAGUUUUGCCUCCAAGUAACCUGUCUACUAACGAGAUGGAUCAGGCAACAGAUUCAGAUGAUCUCAUGCUUGAGGAGUUUUUUAGGAGUGAAAUUGGUGAAGAGUUGGAUAGUGUGAAUCAAAAGGAGACUGAGGAGGUUGAAGUGGAUGGAAAGGGCAACAUUACUGAUUGUAAGCGAAAAGAAGAGUGUGUUGAAGGAACCUUAGAAGAAAAGGUGAAAGUAACAGCUUGUCCAAAGCCUGGCAAAUUUGACCGAACUUUGAAAUAUCCAGGGAAGACUGGGAAGAAGUAAAAAAUUUUGAAUCUCAAAAAAAAAAAAAAAAAAAAAGUUGUUUAUAUUGCAACUUAUUUGUUCUUUAAUGUUUAGAGUGGUGGUAAAUAUUUAGGAAAAUUUAGAUUUAGUUAAAUGUUUUGUUCAGUGAGAUUAGUGUUGUAAAUCAAAGUAGUUGAAGUUUGUUAAAGAUAGAUAGUAGUUUAGAGAUACAAUUCGUAUAAAUGUUUAAAAUGUAGGAAUUUAUUUUAUAUUAAUGAUAAUGUGAAGUUUAAGUUUUAAAAAUUAAUCGUAGUAGAUUUUAAUUUAUUGCAGUUGAAUGUGAAGUUGUAUUUUUUAUUUUAAUGUUCAAAUGGAUGUUUAUUUUUGAUUGGUACAUUUAUAAAGGAUGUUCAAUAGUUGGAUUUGCUAUUUAAAUAUAUACAAAUGUGUGUAGGUUUUUUGUUUGU